AUGUACCUUGGGGAUGCAGAGGUAUUCCGUACAUCGACAGCUGAACCAACUACAAAUGGGAUUGUCUGGACAUACAUUAAGGAGAUGUCUCAGUACAAUGCACUGUGGAAAGAACGACAAAAGCUAAUCUUUGAUUUGGGUAAUCUGAUAUCCGACGUCUACACAGGCAGUUUCAAUGCCACACUUACUGCCGUCUUCUCUCAACGGGGCACUACUAUUAGAACAGCAGACAUGAUUCUACCGAUAUCAGCGCGGAAAUCAGCGUCUAAUGCAUCGAGUGCAUUCAUUGUGCCUUCAGACAAUGCAGAGAUAGCCUACCAGUUCCCCUCCAACGCCGCCCGUGCCAUUGUGUCAGUUUCUGCAUGUGGACAGUCCACAGAGGAGUUCUGGUGGUCUAACGUGUUCUCGCCCGACACAGAAUCAUUCGUCAACACGGUUGGCGAACUCUACGGGUAUUCACCCUUUCGUGAAAUCCAGCUCUAUAUCGACGGUGUGCUUGCUGGGGUCAUCUGGCCUUUCCCAAUUAUCUUCACAGGGGGCGUCGCGCCCGGCUUCUGGCGUCCAAUAGUUGGAAUUGAUGCUUUUGACCUGCGACAGCCCGAGAUAGACAUCUCGCCAUUUCUUCCUCUUCUGACUGAUGGGCGCGAACAUUCUUUUGAAAUAAAGAUCGUGGGCUUGGAAAUCCAAGCGAAUGGGACUGCCAGACUUUCUGAUUCUGUCGGCUCUUACUGGGUGGUCACGGGAAACAUCUUUUUGUACCUGGAGGAGGAUGCACCGUAUUCAAAAACUGAUCAAUCUCAGAAGGAGCCUAAAAUAAUCUCUCCGACACCAAAGUUUACGAUUACGCGAUUUGUCACCAAAGAUGAGAAAGGCGUUAACGAUACACUCUCGUACUCUGUUGUUGCUGAAAGGACUCUCAGUAUUACCUCGACCCAAUUCACCUGGCAUCAGUCCUUGAAGUACUCCAAUUCAGGUCUGCUGAACCAGAACGGAUUGAGCCAAGCGAAUCACCAACUCACGUCCGGGAAUAUAUUAGCUGCAAAAAUUGGAGUCAAUGGGACUACUGAGGAUCUGACCUUCGAAUAUCCUCUAUUUGUCAACACAACAUAUGGCAUCACUGACACUGAGCUCACCAUAAAAGCCCAUAUGAAUAGAGGUCUUGAUAUAGCGGCGACAGGAGUUACUGGUAUCUCUACCUAUACCCUGACUUCGGGGCCAUUGCGGUUGCACACUAGACAAUGGGGCAGCGCAUUCUACCAUUCAGUCACAGGUGGCGGGUCGACAUCCGCUGGAGAUACAACUGAUGUUUUCGAGAGCAUUGCUGAACAAUCGUAUCACAGAACCGUCCGCGCUAUCAAUGGAAGUGUUGUCUCUGAUACAGAUGUCCGGCCACAGACUGCUUCAUUUCAAGCAAUUCAGGGUAUUCUGUCAUCAUCAGGCAGAGACAGCGUGAGAAGCAUCAUCGGAAGAGGGCCUGGAGGCGAGAACUAA